AUGAAUCCUACACUGGAGCUUCCAAGCCUGCAAGAUGCCCCCGUCCGCCACCCAAACUGCUGUCUCAGCUUUUCAUCCAAACUCGUUCAAAUCUUGACCCGGAUAUUCUCCAGCGCGGCCAAUCCAAACGGAACAUCGACUGUACUCUCUAUUGGGAGCGGCUCAGGGCUACUCGAGGCCCUUUUGCUCGCCCAUGCCGAGACCAAAGACGACUCAGGGGCUCCCAGCUUCAACGUGGAAGGCGUCGAAGUCCAGCAGUUGAGUGGGAAACCCCCGGUCAACAGAUAUCUCCCAGAGCAGGCCAUAUACACAGUUCGCGGUACUUGGGACGUCGUUUCAAGACUGCAAGAUCCCGAUGUAACAGCCUUGAUGUUUGUCUACCCACGACAGCCCGCUCUAGUCACCGAGUACAUGAAAGCCAUUGCUGAGCAGGAUCUACGCAUACAGACCAUUGUCUGGCUGGGGCCUAUGGCCGACUGGGAUGUCUUUGAGCCUUGCUUUUUGGCCAACGAGCACCAAACGGAGUUAGAGAAGAGACAGGGGGAGGAGGCUGGGCUCGACGAAUAUGAGAUGAUGGCUGUGUUGAGAAAAUGA